AUGGCUCCUAUUCAACAAAAAGGAAAGAAGAUCAGCAAGAAGCAGUUGCUGAAGUUUACGAUUGACUGCACGAUCCCCGUGGACGAUCAUGUGCUGGACCCUGCUUCGUUUGAGAAAUUCUUGCACGACCGCAUUAAGAUUAAUGGAAAAACUGGUGUGCUUGGUGAAUCCGUCAAGAUCACUCGUGAGAAGACCAAACUUCAGAUUGUGGCCAUGCCUCCGUUUAGCAAACGCUACCUCAAGUAUUUGACUAAGAAGUACCUGAAAAAGCAGCAAUUGCGUGACUAUCUUCACGUGAUUGCGUCAGACAAGUCAACGUACGAGCUUCGCUACUUCAACAUCCACGAUGCUGGUAAUGACGCGGAUGAGGACGACGAGUAA